GCAUAUACGCGCGUUUCCGCGCAAACUUCUCGCACACACACUCACGCAUAUCCAACCGAAACAAUGCCCAUUUUUUCCUAAACACCGACAUCUUCACUGCAUAUUCCGCCCAUAAUACACACGGUGUUUUGUGAUCCGUACGCGGGGCGGUUUGUGCGUUGUUUGUGUAUGUGACACAAAAUAUUAUCAUCUCGGAGACACACAGCGCAACAUCUUCCGGUCGGUUGUAUGUGUGUCGCCGCGCGCCAUCGCGCCGUGUGUUUUGUUGUAUGAUCAUGCCCAUCCGUAGCACGCACCGUCAUUCAGCGGCUGCCGCAGCGGCUACAGCUGGUCUUGGCAGUACCCUGCUUAAUCCCCAUCAUCAUCCCUUUGAGCAUCAUCCCCACCAUCACCAUCAUCUCCAGCCGCAUCCCACCGCGGUGGUGCCCAAUAUGAAUACCUACAAGUGUAGCGGCUGCGAAAUGGCCAUCUUUGAUCGGUAUGUGAUGACGGUGCUGGAUCGGCAUUGGCAUGCGGAAUGUCUGCGGUGUUGCCAGUGUAAAUGUCCACUGCAGGAGCGGUGUUUCGCGCGCAAUGAGCAGCUAUUCUGCCGGGAUGAUUUUUUCAGAUUAUUCGGGAUAAAAUGCUUCAGCUGCGGUGAGGGGAUCUGUCCGUCGGAGCUUGUGCAGCGGGGACCGCGCGGGAAUAUUUAUCAUCUGCGCUGUUUUACGUGCGCGACCUGCCAUAAACAAUUAACCACGGGUGAUGAGCUGUACGUUAUCCCGGAUGGAAAGUUUGUCUGUAAGGAGGAUUUUAAUAAUGAACACCAUCAUAUCAACAACCAUCCGCGGCCGGGCAGCGUUACCGUUAAAAAUGAAAAUCCGUCGCCGGGCCUCGUGGCGUCCAUUAAAGUGGAGAAUCAGCGAGCGACGGACCUGGAAACCGGCCCGGAACCGGUGGCCCCGGUGGACACCCGUAACACCAACGGCAACGGUCGUUCAGCGGCGCAUCUGACCGAAACGGACGAUGAAGACGACGAUGAGGAGGGCAAGCAUAACGGCACCGUACCGACGGACGGCACGGCCAGCGAUAAACUGGAAACCAAGAGCGCUUGCGGUGACACGUCCAGCAUGGAUGAGUCCGAGCCGCGCAACGAUGAGAACAACAUCACGGCGAAGCGCCGCGGGCCCCGCACCACCAUCAAAGCCAAACAACUCGAUCUACUCAAAAACGCCUUCGCAUCGACUCCCAAACCCACGCGGCAUAUCCGUGAGCAACUGGCACAAGAAACCGGCCUAACUAUGCGUGUUAUUCAGGUCUGGUUUCAAAAUCGUCGGAGUAAAGAGCGCCGGAUGAAGCAGCUGACGUCGCUGGGAUCACGCCGGCACAUAUUCCGGCCGCGGCGCAGCGGCGUCCGGUCACUGCGGGAUUUUGACGGGGAUUCGGGCGACUUAAUCGCCGGGGUGGCGGCCAGCACCGGGCCCGGAUUCGCCUUCUAUCCCGACGGUCCCGGAAAUCAUCCAGGGGAAUUUUUUCACGCUCAUCCGGGACAUCCGCCGGGGAUGGGCGGUCCAGGCGGACUUUUUGAGUUCCAUCAUUUCCCCGGCGGUGCUGGAGGACGACCCAACAAUAACGGCGAUAUGGGACAUUUUGUCGAUCUGUCGCCCAAUGGACACGGAAUGCCCGGAAGCUGCCUGAACGAAGCCGCUUUCGCCGCCGCCGCCGCCGACCUGGUCUCACAGACAUCCUCCCCGCACUCCCUGACGCCCGACGGCUAUGCUCAUCCCGGCUUCGACGCCCUGCACGCCAAUCCCAACGGGCAUACCGCGGGCGGCGGCCAGGACUCACCGGUCUGGCAGAGUCUGGCCAUGGCCCAAUAAUCACACAUACGCGAAAGAGAUGGAAAGAGAAACUAUAGUAUUAAAGGUCACACCCCUUUUCACAUACUCAUGCAGCUCUGUGCACUCUUCAAUAAUUAAUCAAAAUUUAUAUCUCAUCUGUAUUCGGUACUCGUGCCAUCGAUAUCGUGUUGGUACGCAUAAUCAUUGGCAAAUUUUUUCUUGGUUCCGUGUUUCCUUUUUCUACUAGUGUUGUGCAGACGGUUUCGGUCGGGUGCCGGGAUGCUGAUAAUUGAGAAAAGUGUA